GCAGGCUUCACAUCACCGCGUAUCUGUAUUUCAGGCAAUGCAAUCGGACUAAUCGCGCUGAUCCAGCGGGGGGGCGGGGGUGAAGGUUUGCUGGAACAUUUGCGGUCCUCCUCCACCUCUUUCUCCCCCGCCCCAACACUUGUUCCCUUUUGCCUCGAAGAUGAAGUUAAACGCGAGCCGCCGUCAGGUGCAAGCCGCUUCCGAUGGAGCCCUGCUCUCUGUCUCGAUCAUCGACCAACCCGAUGCAGCACUUGCCUAUGUUGAGGUCCCAGCUGACAGAUUCUGAUAUGGACUAUGAGAGGCCAAACGUUGAAACUAUCAAGUGUGUGGUGGUGGGAGACAAUGCAGUCGGAAAGACCCGCCUUAUCUGCGCCCGGGCCUGCAACGCCACGCUGACUCAGUACCAGUUACUCGCCACACAUGUGCCCACAGUCUGGGCAAUCGACCAGUACAGAGUAUGCCAGGAGGUAUUAGAGCGCUCCAGAGAUGUGGUGGAUGAUGUCAGCGUGUCCCUUCGUCUCUGGGAUACUUUUGGAGACCAUCAUAAGGACCGGCGUUUUGCAUACGGCAGGUCUGAUGUGGUGGUGCUGUGCUUCUCAAUCGCCAACCCCAACUCUCUAUACCAUGUGAAGACCAUGUGGUACCCUGAGAUCAAGCACUUCUGCCCCCGCGCUCCUGUCAUCCUGGUGGGCUGUCAGCUGGACCUGCGCUAUGCAGACCUGGAGGCAGUGAACAGGGCACGGAGACCUCUAGCUAGACCGAUUAAAUCUAAUGAGAUUCUUCCUCCAGAGAGAGGCCGGGAGGUGGCCAAAGAGUUGGGGGUGCCAUAUUAUGAAACCAGCGUUGUUGCUCAAUUUGGAGUCAAGGACGUCUUUGAUAAUGCCAUCCGAGCUGCGCUGAUCUCACGCCGACACCUGCAGUUUUGGAAAUCUCACCUCAGAAAUGUCCAGCGGCCUCUCCUUCAGGCGCCCUUCCUGCCACCGAAACCUCCCCCACCAAUAAUCACUGUGCCUCCUCCGCCAACCACCACGGAGGAGCAUCCAGUCGGUCUCCUGGAGGACCCGCACUGUGCCGACGUCAUCCUGGUGCUGCAGGAGCGACAGAAAAUCUUUGCACACAAGAUAUACUUGGCAACAUCCUCUUCAAAGUUCUACGACCUCUUUAUCAUGGACACGCGCAACGAGGAGACUGAAAGGCCGUCUCGGGGCCCUCUCUCCGGCAGGGAGCUGCUGAUGCGUGCUGCUAGCUUCGAUGUUUGCGAAAGCAGCGACGACGGGGACAGGGCCAACCUGAGGGCCUGCACUAGUGACGGGACUCUGAAAGACUCUGAGGGGGCCCGACGGGGCAGAGUGCUCUCUUCGUGGAGCCGGGCCUUCAUCAGCAUCCAGGAGGAGGUGGUAGAUGACCCGGUCACGUACAGCCCCAGGCCCAUCACUGUCGUGCACAUGGACCAGUCCAUGCAGCUCGGACCUUUCCGAUCAGUGCUUCGCUACCUGUACACCGGUCAGCUGGACGAGAAUGAGAAAGAGCUAAUGCACAUUGCACACAUUGCUGAGCUGCUGGAGGUCUUUGACCUGCGCAUGAUGGUGGCAAACGUGCUUAACAAUGAAGCCUUCAUGAACCAAGAAAUCACCAAAGCCUUCCAUGUACGGCGCACAAACCGAGUCAAAGAAUGCUUGGCCAAAGGCACGUUUUCUGAUGUAGUAUUCAAGCUUGAUGACGGCACCAUCAUGGCCCACAAGCCUUUACUCAUCUCGAGUUGUGAUUGGAUGGCAGCUAUGUUUGGUGGGCCUUUUGUGGAGAGCUGCACCAAAGAGGUGUUGUUUCCAAACACAACUCGCAGCUGUAUGAGAGCUGUGCUAGAAUAUCUCUACACGGGGCGGUUUUGUUCUCGGUCUGAUCUGGAUGCAAUGGAGCUUAUUGUCCUUGCCAAUCGUCUGUGCCUCCCCCAUCUGGUUGCACUUACAGAGCUCUACACAGUAACCGUGUUGACGGAGGCAGCGAUGAUGGGGGCCGACAUUGAUGGAGACGUACUGGUGUACUUGGAUAUGGCUCAGUUCCACGGCGCCCAACAGCUCACUGGCUGGUGUCUUCACCACAUCUGCACCAACUACAACAGCGUCUGCCGCAAGUUUACCAGAGAGAUGAAGGCCAAAUCUACAGAGAACCAAGAUUACUUUGAGAAACAUCGCUGGCCACCUGUGUGGUAUCUGAAAGAGGAUGACCACUACCAAAGAGCACGCAAAGAGCGCGACAAGGAGGACUACCUGUACCAGAGACGGCAAUGUAAACGCAAGUGGCUCUUCUGGAACAUUCCUUCCUCCCCUAACUCAAACUCUCCUUCUUCUGGCUCAUCCGCUGUCAUCUGACCCAGCGGUAGGGCCAGGUCCACACUGAUGCACUUCAGUGUGGUGGCGAGUUGUUAAAGAUACAAAAGAAGGUUAACACUGCUGGCUAGGUACGCCCCAAUUAUUCAGGCACUCAUUCUCUUGUCCCGUUUGUUUGCCGCUGCAGUCAAACAGCACUCCUCCAGGUCUGCACGGUCAGCUCUAUCUGGCGGUUAAAGUAAUUGUUCCUUAGAUUUUUAGCUUGGUGUACAAGAAAACUCAAACCUCAGUGGUAUGAACUUCACUGACAUACACAUAUUGAUGGUUGUAUGUUCCACUGAGUUUUUAAGUUUCAAAUUUAUAGGACUCUGCUGGCACAGAACUUUCCACCUGUGAUCAUAAUUAUCAUCAAUUAACCUGAAGUGAUUACCAAGUGCUGCUUAUCAGCUGCAACAACCAGCAACUCAACACACUCAACUACUCAGUCUCAGAGAUAUAACACUUUGCCCUUAAGUGUUUGUACAAUCUAUCUACCAAACUGUGUGUACAGUAUGAUCUCAUAAACAGGAUGCAACGAUAGUAUGCCCUGCCAGGAAUCCAUUAUUGAAGUCGCAUUGAACUCUAACCUGCUGAUUAUGAUCGUGUAAGCAUAAAGGAAAAUGUUGUCAAGUUCCACUCUUGUUUAUCUAUGUACAGUCAUUCUAUUGUUGAUAGUUUGUGCACGGCUAGCACCGCUAAAAGUGAUGUGAGUCUGGACCAGUGGUUGACGCGUAGAAUGUAAAAGUGAAGCCAUCAUAUCUGGAUUGCCCCCUGGUGGCUGGCUGCAGUACAGAUCAUAUGCCCCGUUAACGACUGGACAUGGGGCAAACUAAAAAAAAUCAACAUGUCAAAUAAUUUUUUGCCAAAGGUUUCUGUCAUUCUAGGUAGUUUUUAUUUUUACCGUUUUCAGCGGUGAUCUAGAAUGAAAAUCUGCGGAAUUUAACCGCCUCUUAUUCUCCGCAUGAGGUGGACAUGGUUAACAACAUUUUUAUUUGUUUCAAAUCUGCAAGGAAUUAGCGUCAGCAGAUUCCGUGUGACCCUGCUGAUCACGCUGAUGUUUGUUCAAGUGUUUAUUUUUCUGAUAAGUUUGGUUUUUAUUAGUUAUUUGAUAGGUUAAACGUUAUGGUUAACAGCUGGGAUUGACUCGCAAUUGUUCCGGGCUGGACUCCGAUACCGCGGCUCCACCGCCCAAUCACUACGGUGCAUACUCUAGCUCCAAAAUUACAAGAUGACGGUGCCCAUAUCCGGGAUACUUUUGGCUUCACUUUUGUACAACGGGAGGAAGUGGAGACGUGUCGUCCAUCUUUAUACACAGUCUAUGUUCCCAUAAACGCUCAGCGUUAACGUAUUGUGAUCUUGUAUUUGAUAUUUGUGGCGUCUUGUCACCAAAGGGCUUUGGUUUACAUGCAUUCAGUGUCCACAAGAGACACAAUAGAUCCCAAAUCAAGGAAAAUAUCUGUAUUUUCUGUAAAAAAGCCAGCAAAAAUGAACCAGAUUGUGAAGAUGUGUUGCUUGAUGAGGCUUGUUAGCACACACGUUUCCUGAGUCCCUCAGUUUUACAUUGAAUGAUUCAAUCACCUUGAUCACUGUCCAGUGGAAAGCAACACAUAAUGCAUCUCCGAGUCGACAGCAGCGUUUCCAGAGCUGAGGCGUCCACAUGUUCAUCAUAUACACAUCAUGCUCAUUUGGCCUUUUUAGAGAUUUCUUUUAGUGGAUCAGAGGAUGGACCGUCUCCAGUUGGCUGUGUAAAGACUUGUACAUGCAGGAGGCUUCCUCAUGCCUGGGUGAAGACAUCCAUACUCUUCUAUACACCUUAAGCACUUUUUGGACUCUUCUCUUCUCUUUUUGGACACACAAGAACCUCCAGUAGCAGCAUCCUGGUGAGCGGCACUAAAGACAGUAUGGUGUCAUCAUGACACACUGCUGCAAAUUAAAAAAAAAAAACACAAAAAAAACUGUGGAGAAUACAAGACCAUGAUAUUUUAAACGUUUCAAAAAAAAGAUUGUGAAGAGGUUUAGAUCGGAUCAUUGAUUUGUUUUGCACAGCUCACAGUAAAUGUUCAAGAAUGUCAUCUACCGUUGAUUGUUGAUUGUAGUAUGCGCUGCAGCGUCAUUUGGAUUUGUAAGCAUGGUGCUCAGUGUAGAUGGGUGGUAUUGUCAAUUGUACAAAAUGUCAGACGAACUACAAGUAACUGGCAUCACUUUAAUGUGCUGUUUUACCUAAUGUUGUGCACUGCAGGCAGUGAGCAGAAUUGAAGUAUUACUGAGUAACACAUGAAGUGAAUAUACACUUGACUUGCAUUUAGUUUCUGUGCAGCUAUACAAACUCUUGUUGGGGAACAAAGAAAAACUCAAACGCUCAUUGUGCUGACCUCCAGUUACAGCUAUUAUAUAUUGUAGUUUCCAAGCAAAUUACAGGCAGUUCAAACUAACUUAUAAUUUUGGCUAAUAGUAAAAAAAAAAAGAUUAGAGCGCAAAGUAAAGUAGACAAAUGUUUAUCUAAAUGACAUUAUAAAGACUUGUGGUACACCAAGGCGUUCUCAUGAACGGGUUCAUAUGAUAGCGUUCGAAAACCUAUGCACAACAAUUCGUAUGAUAUUAUGGUUACAGGGACUUUGGUAACAUGACAGUUGAGUUUAGCGGUCUUUUAAGCGGCCGUUGCGGUUUAGUUUAACCGAUAAAAGGUGACCGUCAUGUGGCGAUGGCAGUUAAGUUUAGACACCAAAACAACUAGUUAAGAUUAGAAAAAAAAGAUUGUGGUUUGGGUUAAAAUAGAGGCCCUUUUAAGUAGUUCUCCCGGGAUACGAACACCCAUUUCCUGGGCGAACGUCUUGUGUUUUCCCAUUAACUUCUUCCGGGACACGAACUCCACUCCCCUGCUUGAAAGCCCUGUGUUUUAUGUCCCACCCAUCCACCCCGAAUGCGGAUUAUUCGCGCUGUUCUACAUCGGCAGUCAUCGUGGCGCAUACCGUAAUACGUGGAAUACAUACGUUAAGAAUGGUUCAUGAGAACAGCCUGGGUGCAACCAUAAAACAUGCCAUUGUUAGCAAAAAAGUCAUUUCUGAUGGCACCAUAUGUUCAAGAAAGGCUAGCUUUAAUCCUAAAACAUAUAUUUAGAGCUCAACAAACAGUUUAGACGGUUAAGUGUUUUGAAUCCAUUCAGUGAAAAAAUUUAUUUCUUGCUUAUAUUAACUCCUGAUCUAAUACCUAGACUGCAUGAACAGGGCUCGCCAAAAUAGAUAAAGUUUAUUAAUUGUCAUUUAAAGUGUAAGAUAUAGCUAUAGAGUAGUGGUGCUGGUGCUCUAAGCAGUAGCUUUAAAUUGUUGUCAAUUACAUUAACUUGUGUCUAUUGAUGAGUAAACUGAUCUGUCAUUUUAAAUAUCUUAAUCAAUCAAAUCUUUUGGCACACGUGGUCAGACAUCAGGCCGAUAGAAGGAUGAGCCUCUUUUAGAGCCAGCUUUAUCCUAAUUCUGAAUGUUUUCAUUUAUUAGACUGUCGGUCUUAUAAAUAAUAAUGUCCAGUUUUCACACAAAAUAUAGUUUAAUAUAAUCAUUAACAGCAGGAGAGUCUAUAGUGUUAUUAUUUGCCUUAGUGGUGUGAGUGCAUUGCAUUUUUUUUCAAUGAUUCUUCUGCUGAUGUUUUGCAUCAACAACACCUCAUGCCUUAAUGUACAGCGUGGUAUCGAAAAUGUAAACUAGUGUUACUGUGGUUACUAGUUUGUUUUCUCUCUGUUCAGUUACCAUGGUGCUCUCUAGGUUGUGUGCGUCUCUGUAAAUGUACAUAAAUCCAUAAUUGGUUUGAUCGAUGAGUGUGCUUUAGUUUGAACACUGCGGAGGGUUAAUGUGCUUUUCAAAGCCGUAAACCCAAAACUAAUUAAAGACUCGGACCAUCAAGGCCGCACUAGACUGACAUCACGACAACACAUCAAUUUCUGACAUUAACCAUGAAAUGAAUGCAGGGAUUUAAAUCUGUUCCAUUAUUUUAAAAGAAGCUUUAUGCUAAUGAUAUCCGAUUUUUGGAGUCUGCAUAAUUACAAAAUGCCGAGACAGGGUGGCUAUUGGAAGUUAGCUGUAACUCAAACGUGUAAAUAGAAAUUGUGCGAUGACUUGUAAUUUAAACUUGGCAUAGCAACAUAUAGACAUAUAAUGAAUAAUGUUUUUGUACUAUGCAUACUGAAAUGUCUGACUUUGAAAUUACAAACUUGCACUGCUUUGUAGCACCAGGUUCUAUUAAAAUUACAUUAGAUGGUAUAGCAGCACCAUUAUUAGAUAUGUAGACAACAUCAGGUAAAAAGAAUAAAUAAAGAAUUAGAUAUUAAAUUACAAAGGAGUUGUCACUGGGGCCCUUUUCCAUACGUUUGGGUGCUAAUUUCACGGCUACAGAGAAGCACAAACCAAAGGGAGAGCUUUAGCAGCACCAGGAAUAUAUUAAAUAUGCUGCACAAUCACUACUGCAUAGUUUAAGAGGCCUUGUUCAGAAAUGGUUAAAAAAAUGAAAAAAAUUAGAUAUAAAUAAACACAUAAAGAAAAAAACUUGAAUGUUUUCUCAGUGUUCAAAGCCUGUAUGACAUUUUCCUUCGUCGUCAGGUAUUUUUGUUCUCAAGAGCUGUUUUUAUUGUUUAGGAGCUGUACAUCUGGAAUUCUGUAGCAUGUGUUCUUGAAAAUGUGUAAAUAAUAUUUACUAAAUAAAAAAGGAGCAAUGUGUGAAA